GACAUCCUUAAUAUAAAUAACCACAACCAUCAAUCUCUCUUUAAUAAAAAAAAAAAUAAAAUACGUGUACAGUGCCUUGCACAAGUAUUCAGCCCCCUUGUACUUUUCAACCUUUUGCCACAUUUUAGGCUUCAAACAUAAAGAUAUAAAAUUGUAUUGUAUUGUAUUUUUUUGUGAAGAAUGAACAACAACCUUUUUUGGAAAUAAAAAGCUGAAAACGUUUUGCAUUGUGGCCAAAAAGUUCGAUUUUUGUUUCAUCUGACCAGAGCACCUUCUUCCAAAUACCUUUAGAGUGUCUCCCAGGUGGCUUGUGGCAAACUUUAAAUGAGACUUUUAAUGGAUAUCUUUGAGAAAUUGCUUUCUUCUUGAAAAGGCCAGAUUUGUGCAGAUUUGAGUCUCCCACCUCAGCUGUAGAUCUCUGCAGUUCAACUAGAGUGAUCAUAGGUCUCUUGGCUGCGUCUCUGAUCAGUCUUCUCCUCGUUUGAGCUCAAAGUUUAGAGGGAAGGCCGGGUCUUGUUAGAUUUGCAGUGGUCUAAUACUCCUUCUAUUUCAAUAUGAUCGCUUGCACGGUGCUUCUUGAGAUGUUGAAAGCUUGGGAAAUCUUUUUGUAUCCAAAUCUAGCUUUAAACUUCUCCACAACAGUAUCUUGGACCUGCCUGGUGUGUUCCUUGGUCUUCAUGAUGCUCUCUCCUCCUUAAACAGAACUCUGAGACUAUCACAGGGCAGGUGCAUUUAUAUGGAGACUUGAUUACACAUAGGUGGAUUCUAUUUUUUAUCAUCAUUAAUCAUUUAGGUCAACUUUGGAUCAUUCAGAGAUCCUCACUGAACUUCUGGAGUAAGUUUGCUGCACUGAAAGUAGAGGGGCCGAAUAAUAUAGCACGCCCCACUUUUAUUUUUUAUUUAAUUUUAUAUAUUUUUUUAAGUUUAAAAUAUCCAAUAAAUUUCGUUUUACUUCACAAUUUUGUCCCACUUAUUGUUGAUUCUUCACAAAAACAUUUGUUUAUGUUUGAAGCCUGAAAUGUGGCGAAAGGUUAAAAAGUUCUUUUGCAAGGCACUGUAUAUUUCAUUGGAUAACGUCUUAUUAGCACAGUUAUGCUUAUAUAAUUGUUUGGUGGUUUGAUUUGAAUUUGCAGGACAGUAAUAAAAGACCCUUUUCAGCUGAGGUGCCGUGUUUGCCGGUUCAGUCUGAGAUGGCUGCAGGAAUAGUUGGGACCUGGCCUCCUGUACCAAAUACCAUAACUUAUCUGCCCAGUACAAUCAGCCCCCUGGCUGGGAUGGAGCCUCCAGCCUUCCCAACUGCCCCUGACCUGGAGAGAACCAAAAGUGGUGAAAUGGAGAAUAAUAUGCUGCUUGAGGUUCUGAACCACUGCAGGAUGUUGCAAACAGCAGUGCAGAGGCUUGAGCAGAAGAUCGACAACCUUCAGUCAAACCAGUGCAUUACCGGAGGAUGCAGGACUCAAGCGAUUCCACAAGAGGGACAUUUCGGAACUGGUCAGCUCUCCUGGUCUCUUGCCCAACGCCUCGGUCCUUCACCUCAGACCAACCACCGCUGGUAUCCUCCUUGGAAACGUGGCUCAGUCUCACAAGCCCCAGACCUCACAGACCCACUCCAGUCUGACCAGUGCAGCUUCAGGAACUCCAGCGGGACCCGUGGUGGAGGCCGAGGGAAGGGCAGACGCAGAGACCGCUGGGGAGGUGCUAGAAGAGGAGCCCCUUUACAACAGCCAGACACAGAAAACCUUCAGGCUAAACUGGAACCACUAUUAGAUGAGGGCUUCCCAAAAAAGGAGGAGUCCCAACCUUCCAAGAUUAGUAAGAAGGCUCCUCACCUCGACAAGGUGGUGAAGAAGCUCAAAAAAAAGAAGAAACGCCCUGCUGGGGCUGAAACCAAACCCAAGGAUGAAGUGCCUGUUGAACUAGAAGACAUGUCUACUGUCAAGGAGGACAAAAAAGUGAUGAUUGGCAGCGCCUCACGGAAUGUCUGGAUCCCCAUGUCUAUGUACAUGCAUGUGUUUAAGGAGGAGGAGCCCCAGAAGGCUGUGGUACCAGUGCUCCAUACCCUGUUUCCUAUUAGCACCCUGUCCUGCAGUGCCAUCACAAGUGACCCUCUCAGGGGCAUCCAGCUGCUUGACCCCAAUAAACUGGAGGCCCUGCGAGAGUGGCUGGCUGAGAUGUACCCACAGCACGACAUGAGAGUAAGGGGCGUGGCCUGGGCUGAGUGCUUGGGUGUUAUCAACAGCAUCACUAAAGAUCUUCGCAGAAGAGAGGAGAUAUCUGGAGAAGGGGAAGCCCCACAACUUUAACUCUAACCUCUGCAGUUCUGAUCCAACAUCCAGCACUACAACAGCAUUGUCUACUACAAGCAAAUCAUUACAGUACAGGUUUGUUGGUCACAACCUCAGCACAACCUCAACUUACUUGAGCCCCACCAGUGAUGUGAUCUGCCUCGAACUGUGGACCAGAACUACGAACAGGUUUAACUAAAGAUGAUGCAAAUAUUCAUACAUAAAUACCUACACACUACUGAGCCUGAAGAUCAUUUGUUGGAAGGUGUGGAAUUUGUGCGUUUUGAAUGUGCAUGAGGUUCAUUCCGAACUGAUGAGUCCUGCUUUAAUGCAAUGCUGGUUCAGUUCCCCGUCCAAGUGAAAAAUAGAACUAAAUAUAGAAAAAAAAAUAGAACUAAAGAACUAAAUAAUGACAUCUGAGUUACUGAGAGAUCAUACUUCUGAAGAUGAGCCAAUCUGGGUGGAUUUUUUGUUUGUUGCCUUCGUUUUUUCUUAUUAUUAUUUUUGUUCUUUUUCUAAUCUUCAAGGUGCUUAUAAUAAUCUUCAGACUGUAUAAAUGAGUAAAACUGAAGCUCUUUCCUUUUUACAUAUUUUUAACUCAUAAGUAACAAGUGUACUCACUGAAUGUGCUAGUGUUUCUAUUUACAAAUAAACUGAAAAUAAAUGCUUUUGCUCA